AUGACGCAGAGACUCGAGCGGGAAGUGGCAGCGGCUGCGGCUGCACCUCAAGUCUCGGACGCCUCUGAAGGUGAUGCCAACCCUCUCAAGCGAGAGCUCGACACAGGAGCCACAACCAAAGCAACCGUCCCUGCUUCCACCGAGACCAAGAACGGUGAUGCAGCCAGCCCAGAAUCAGCGCCUAAACGUGCACGUUUCGACAACUCCGCCAACAACGACAACGGCGGCAAGAAGAAAUGGGAGCGAAGAGAUCGUCGUGGCACCGGUCGAUCCAACGACCAUCCCACCCCCUCCACCUCGGAUCCUUCUUCCUCUUCCUCCUCCUCUGCCUCCUCGGAUCGUCUCCCCAAACGCAAAGUCGCCGUCAAAUUCGGCUACUGCGGUAUCGGCUACUCGGGUCUCCAGAUCAACCCGGGCGUAAAGACCAUCGAAGGCGACAUCUUUGACGCCUUCUGCACCGCCGGCGCCGUCUCCUCGGACAACGCUGUCAACCCCAACAAGGUUGGCCUGCAGCGAGCCGCCCGAACCGAUCGUGGUGUCCACGCAGCUGGGAACCUGCUCUCGCUCAAACUCAUCCUCCAACCUGACGGCUUGAAGCCAGGCGAGACCCUGGUCGAUAAAGUCAACUCGCUCCUACCCGAUUUCAUUCGCAUCUGGGGCAUCACUCGCGUGCAGAACGGUUUCAACGCCAGGCAGAGCUGCGACAGUAGGAUGUACGAAUACCUCUUGCCGACGUACGUCUUUAUCCCGCCUAAACCUGGUUCCACCAUGCAUGACAUGUUGCUCAAGAUGCGCGAUCAAGAGCUAGCCAAAGAUCCAGAAUCCACCACCACGUGUCUUGACGAGAUCGUUUCGCACCCCUUCUGGACAGCCCACGGCACCACCUCUGAUUUCGCCACCGACAUCGCUGCGAAGAAGCAGUAUCGAUUGUUCGCAACUGCGCUCGCACGCAUCCGAUCUAUUUUCGCGAGGUACAGCGGUUCGCACAACUUCCACAAUUUCACCGUCGGUAAGGAGUUUCGAGAUCGAUCGUGUCAGCGCUUCAUGAAGCGUUUGACGAUUUCCGAUCCCAAGAUGAUCCAGGGAGUGGAGUGGGUGAGCAUCAAAUUCUGGGGACAGAGUUUCAUGCUUCAUCAGAUUCGCAAGAUGAUCGGGCUGCUAGUACUAGUUGGACGAACCGGAGCAGGCGAAGGGUUGGUGGACGAGUGUUUCGGACCUGCCCGGGUCCACAUUCCCAAAGCACCCGGUCUCGGUCUUCUCCUCGAAAACCCGAUCUUCGACGCCUACAACCAACGAAUCUCUCACUCGAACGAAAAAGUUCGCGCACUGAUCCGCAAGAAACCCGACUCCCCCUCCCUCACCGACGAACUGCGAGAUCCCAUCACCUACCAACCCCACACAGACCGAAUGGAAUCCUUCAAACAGCAGUGGAUCUACGAUCGAAUCAUCGCCACCGAACAGGAAUCCAACGAAUUCGGCAAAUGGCUCAACUACCUCGACGUCUUCCAAGGUCCCGACUUCCACUUCCUCAACCCCAAAGGUGUCAUCCCCAAAGAGGCCAUCGUCAAGGUCGGAGAGUUUCACAGAGAUAGUCUUCGAAAACGAGGGAAGGAUCAGAAAGACCAAGACCAGCAGGAGGAUGAGGAGGACGAAGACGAAGAAGCUUACUCCAAGGGCGCUGAUCUCGACGAGUACGAAGGAUAG